GUGAUUGGUUUUAAAGUGUGAGUGAAAAAAGUUCAACAAUCAGUCAUCACUUCUCGCCGCUCCAAUGGCGACUAUGGCUCCGGAAUAUCCGCCGCACUCGACCCAAACCCUGGAUCAACUCUCCUUCAUCGACCUCUCAACCCUAACUCAAUCGGAGCUCCUCGCUCUCUCCCGCUGCUCCUCCGUCACCGCCUCAGCGGCCAACUGCUUCCCCGGCGACACCGCCGUAGCUUCGAUCGACCGUUCAGCGUUUAAUGAAAGCGUUGGAUCUCGCAGGCAAACCUUCUGCCGCCUUGGUCCGUCGUCUCCUUCCUCCUCCGUCCACCACCGCUCCCGCGUCGCCGUCGCGGGCCGCCUCUCCUCCUCCUCCGCUAAGUCGCUCGCUGUUUCUGAUGCCGGUGUCGCAGAUGCCUCCGGUGAUCCUCACCACGGUGAGAAUCGGCGGAUCAUCGCUAAUCUCAAGCAGAGUCUCAGGAAUCUUCCGGAAUUCUACGACAUCGACUUCGAUUAUGUUCCUCCUUGUUCAUUCACGAAUCCUACCUUGAGUUUAUGCGAUGGUGGAGGGGAGAGGAAGAGGAAGCGGGGUAGAAAGCCGAAGCCAAAACCUGAGAAUUUCAAGCCCGAGAUACAGAAACCUGUAUCUGUCACGGUCGCAGGGAAUGAAGACCCAGAGACUGGACUCGAGUCUGUGAACAAGAAUGGCGUUAGGGUUGAUUUGGCAGCCUUGUCAACCUUGGAAGAUCCGUACGGGCCUGAGAUACGGCGGAGAACGGAGGGAUUGUGCGGCGAGGAAGAGCUUCUAGGGUUUCUGAGCAGUCUCGGUGGUGAGUGGUGUAGCCGGAGGAGGAAGAGGAAGAUUGUUGAUGCAGGAGUUCUUGGGGACUUUUUGCCAGUUGGUUGGAAGCUUCUUCUGGCGCUGAAGAGGAAGGAACGUCGCGCGUGGGUUUAUUGCCGAAGAAUUGUGAGUCCCGGUGGAAGGCACCUUUUGUCUUGCAAGGAAGUCUCUGAGUAUCUGCGAUCAUAUUUUGAGUCCCAUGGUGAACCAAGCAGAGUAAAUCACGAUAGGAGUACCGUUCACCCGGAUGGUCCCCAAUCAGUUUCUCAAAUCCAGAAUCAAGAUGCUAACUGCAGUGAGGAUCCUCGAAAAUAUCAUAGUUUAAUGACUGUAUCGAAUAAUGAUAAUCUCAAGGUAAUCCAAGUACAGAACUUGUUCAAGUGCCAGAAAUGCAACUCGACCUUUGAUACGAAUGACGCAUAUCUUCAGCAUCUCAUAUCUGUUCACCAGGAAAAUACUAAGAGAUGUAAACUUGGAUCUUCGGUGGAGGGUGGUCAGACAAUUACAAAUGGCAAUCGGGAUGAAGGAGUUGAACAACAAUACGAUCAGCUCGGGUUUCAGCAAACGAUAGAACCAACGAUCAAAGAUGAUCUGGGUAUGAGGAUAUCGAGGAUGGAUGCUCUUAUUGAAAUUGCUCAUAACUCCAUGCUAGAGACCUCGUCAGCACCUCCCACAGAAGCCACUGAGAGACUUAUUAUGUUCGAUGAAUUAAAUUUGGUUUCAGAAGGAAAGAGAUCCGUCUCUGAUUCUGAACACGAAAUGAUUUCUCCUAUUGGAGUUGAAACAGAGGACGGAUUGACCAUAACUAAUCUGGAUCAGGGUUUUCCAGGAGAGAUUAAUGGAAAUACUGCAACUGGUGAAAAGGUGGAGAUUCUUGAACAUGUUACUAAUUUUAUGGACAUCGAGACGGGUUCUCAUCGAUCUGAAGCCUUCCCCGGGAAACAUGGGUUCGGAGGUGCUGCCAAUGGAACCGAAGAAUCUGUUUUUGGAAAUAAACCAGCUGAUGAAAUCUGUUUGGCUAUUCCCACAGAGAAUCAAGAAGCCUUGGGUGUUUCAUUGGCUUCUUCUAGCGGUGAUGGAGGUGUUAAUAACGAGCAAUCGGGUCUCAUGAGAAUGGACUUUAGACUGACUAAUGAUACUGCGCCGAUUCAAGAUUCAAUACAAUUUCAGUUGCAGCCUACACAAAAUCUGCAAACAUAUGACAACGUCUCUAAGGGAGAAGAUAAACCAUUUAGUAUAAACCCGAGCAACGAGCUACAGUUGGAGUACAUGGAGUCGCUAAAACUCAACUUUGUGGGCGGCACAGAUAUGUCGUUAGUACCGAUGGGUCUCGAGGAAAACACGGCCAUGGUUGAAGAAGAAACAGCUUACGGCUCCGCCCCUCAGUUCCAAUCACAAGAAGUAGUGUUAGGUAUGACCGGUGGCGGUUCCGGCAACAAUCUGACGACGAUUUGUAUGUGGUGUGGGAUCGAGUUCAGUCACGUCUUGUCGGAUUCGGAGCCGAGAUCGGAUUCCGUUGGGUACAUGUGCCUCGCUUGCAAGGCCAGAAUCUCCGGACAGAUGGGUACGCCUGAUGCUCAUCCUCCUCCUACUUCUACCAUAUUCUAAGGCUGCCCUGCUUGUUUGAUUCUGCAUUAACAUGGAAACACACCAUUACUCACUCACGGGGUUCUGUGUUUUUAUGUAAAUACUCUCGUAAGAAACAUGUAAUUGAAUUUCUUCAUGUUAUUUCUUGUGGAGUGACUUUUAUGGCUUGGUGGCUUUAUUUUGGCAUUUUGCUAAAAUUCAUAUUUGUAUGUUCUAGGAUUAGAUGGAGAUGGUGAAUGGUGAUGGAUACACGCUCCUUCAUGUCGUUCUGGGUUUCCCAAACAUGGUUUUGGUUUUAUUUUAUUUUUUUUCUCUCAUUA